CAAGAGGAAUAUUGAUUAUAUUUGCCAAAUGUACUUUGAAGGUGAUACACAAAGAAAAAAUUGUUUGUCAUAAAAAACAAUAAUUUUAUAUAAUUCAAAUCUUCCUAACAUCACCGAAAAAUAUAUAUAUUUAUCAAUCAUGAGUAAUUUGAUAGAAAGUUAUGAUCAACAGUAUGCUGUUCUUACUGCAGAUAUUACUGCGGAUAUUGGGCGUCUUAGACUCGCAGGAAAAGAUGAGAAGAAAAAUCUUCUGAUAGAAAUUGACAAACAUGUGACUGAAGCUCAUGAGCUAUUGGAACAAAUUGAAUUGGAAAUUCACGAAGCAGAUUCUUCAUCACGACCUUAUCUUCGUUCAAGAUUAAAUUGCUAUCGAGCUGAAUUGAAAAGACUGCAGCAAGAGAUAACAAAUGCAAAAUCUGGCAGUAAAAAUGACUUUGAUUAUGUAGAGGACUUCAGUGAUGUGUCAAUCACCCAAGAUCAAAAACGUCGUCUUCUAGAUAAUUCAGAAUGUAUUGAAAGAGCUGGUAAAUAUCUAAACGAUGGAUACCGAAUUGCAUUGGAGACUGAAGCUAUUGGUGUACAGGUAUUACAAGAUUUGAAUCAGCAAAGAGAAACUAUUAAAGGCGCCAGAAACAAACUAAGAGAUACUGAUGCUGAACUUGGAUUAUCCAAUAAAAUAUUAAGGGGUAUGGUUAUUCGUUCCAUACAACAUAAAGUUAUUUUAGCUGUAAUUUCGAUACUAUUUGUUAUAGUUAUUUGUUUAGGAGUUUAUUUUCAUUUUAAAUAAAUAUUUUAC